CAGGCGCUGCGCCCGCGGGCGCCGCCAGGGGGAGCGCGGCUGCGCAGAGCCGGCGGGCGCCGCCGCCGCUGCCGCGCGCGCGGGGGGGGGCGCGGGGGUGUCCGCGAGCGGCGAGCGCGGCGGGCAGCCCCGGCGGCAGCGCGCGGGGAGCGCGGGCGGCGCGGCGCGGGGUAAUGCGGUGUACGCGCCGCUCCUCCGCCUCCCGCCCGGGUGCCGCGUCCUCCUGAGCCGCCCCGCGAGCCGCCCGCCCGCCCCGCGCCUCCCCGCGCCGCACCGCACUGCACGCUGAUAUGUCAGCGCUGAAAAAGGUUCUGCCUGGCAUACUGCAGAAGCAUUGCUGUAUUUUACCUGACAGGAAUACAGAGUCACAGUGUACACUCUGUGGGGAGCCUGAAGAAGAAGAGGGUGGCGAUCUGCUCAAGUCGGGCUUCAGUUUUCCAGGGACGCCAGAGGAGGAGCUAGACCAGCAGUACUCAUGGUCGCCUUCUCAGCACUUCAAUGAAGAAAGAUACUCUCCUGCUCCGAGGAAUAUGAAAGGAUUAUCUGGUAGUCGCAAUCAACCACAGUUAUGUUCAGCUCAUACUUGUGGCUUAGCAUCCCCUGAAGAUUGUGAACACACCCACGACCAUAUCCACCAUGGGCAGGAGCCGAGGCAAUCCUAUCUUCUCAGCCCCACGGAGAGUUGUCCGAUGGACCACCAUCGUUGCUCACCACGCAGCUCCAUCCAUUCUGAAUGCAUGAUGAUGCCCAUGGUAAUGGGCGAUCACAUGUCAAGUAGCACUUUCCCCAGAAUGCACUACAGCUCACAUUACGACACAAGAGACGACUGCGCCAUGUCUCACGGGAACCCCAAGAUUAACCGCAUUCCUGCAAAUCUUUUGGACCAAUUUGAGAAACAACUUCCUCUUCACCGGGAUGGGUUUCACACUUUACAGUACCAGAGAACCUCAACAGCCGCAGAACAACGCAGUGAGAGCCCAGGAAGAAUACGCCAUCUCGUUCAUUCAGUCCAGAAACUUUUUACUAAGUCUCAUUCUCUAGAAGGAUCAUCCAAGGGAAACGUUAAUGGGACAAAGGGAGACAGUCGAGGGGAUGAUCAUCAUCAUGGACACCAUUCCAAGCAUAGCAAAAGGAGUAAAAGUAAGGAGCGAAAACCAGAGAGCAAGCAUAAAUCUGGAAUGAGCAGUUGGUGGAGCUCUGAUGAUAAUUUGGACAGUGAUAGCACUUACCGAACCCCUAGUGUGGUAAAUAGGCACCAUGCAGAUCAUAUAUCCCAUUGCUACCCUGAAGCACUCCAGGGCCAUUUUGGGGAUCUCUCAUUGAAGACUUCCAAAAGUAACAAUGAUGUGAAAUGUUCAGCGUGUGAAGGGCUAGCAAUGACCCCUGAUGGUAAAUAUAUGAAAAGGAGUUCUUGGUCCACACUUACAGUAAGUCAGGCUAAAGAAGCUUAUCGCAAAUCAUCACUUAACUUAGAUAAGCCUCUGGUUCAUCAGGAAAUCAAACCUUCCUUGAGGCCAUGCCAUUACCUUCAGGUGCCUCAGGAUGAAUGGGGAGGAUACCCUGCUGGUGGGAAAGAUGAAGAAAUUCCCUGCAGAAGAAUGAGGAGUGGGAGCUAUAUUAAGGCCAUGGGAGAUGAAGAAAGUGGAGAUUCUGAUACUAGCCCCAAGACAUCACCAAAAGUAGCAGUUCGACCAGAGUCGUUAUUAAAAUCCAUUGGACAGAGACCACUGGGAGAUCAUCAAAAUCAGAGCUACCUUCCAACUGCAAGUGACGUGCCUGGGGGUCACAACCUGGAUCCCUCUGCAAACUACAAUUCCCCAAAGUUUCGCUCAAGGAAUCAGAGCUAUAUGAGAGCAGUGAGCACGCUCAGUCAGGCCAGCUGCGUUAGUCAGAUGAGUGAAGCAGAGGUUAAUGGGCAAUUUGAAUCGGUGUGUGAAUCAGUGUUUAGUGAAGUUGAAGCUCAGGCAAUGGAUGCCCUUGACCUCCCUGGAUGUUUCCGAACAAGAAGCCACAGUUACUUGCGUGCCAUUCAGGCAGGCUAUUCCCAAGAUGAUGAAUGUAUUCCUGCGAUGGCAUCUUCCAACAUCACCUCAACUAUCAGGUCAACCACAGCUGUCACUUACACAAGUUACAAAAAAACACCACCUCCAGUACCCCCUCGUACCACUUCCAAGCCACUAAUCUCAGUCACAGCACAGAGCAGCACAGAAUCCACCCAGGAUGCAUAUCACGACAGCCGGACUCAGAGGAUUUCCCCAUGGCCUCAAGAUGGGCGAGGGAUGUACAACUCCACAGACAGUUUGGACAGUAACAAGGCCAUGAAUCUUGCCUUGGAAACUGCGGCUGCACAGCGCCAUGCUUCUGAGAGCCAGAGCACCUCAAUACGAACCAGUGACAAGGCCAUUUUGGUGUCAAAAGCAGAGGAGUUUCUUAAGAGUCGACGUUCCUCUAUAGGGAUUCAGGUGGAAACAGCAACUGAUUCAGAUACUGAGAGCAGAGGUCUACGGGAGUACCACUCCGUUGGAGUGCAAGUGGAAGAUGAAAAACGACAUGGACGGUUUAAGCGCUCAAACAGUGUAACAGCAGCUGUGCAGGCUGACCUAGAACUCGAGGGCUUUCCAGGACACAUAACCAUGGAGGACAAGGGACUUCAGUUUGGCUCAUCGUUCCAGCAGCACUCCGAGCCCAGCACUCCUACCCAAUACAGCGCAGUGAGAACUGUACGGACACAGGGACUCUUCAGUUACAGAGAAGAUUAUAGGACCCCGGUUGACACCUCCAAUCUUCCACCACCAGAACCCUGGCUAGAGCCAGCCAUUGAGACAGUAGAAACUGGUCGAAUGUCGCCUUGUCGACGGGACGGAUCUUGGUUUAUGAAGUUACUACAUACUGAAACUAAGAGGAUGGAAGGAUGGUGUAAAGAAAUGGAAAGAGAGGCAGAAGAAAAUGAUCUUUCUGAAGAAAUCCUAGGUAAGAUCCGAAGUGCUGUUGGAAGUGCUCAGCUCCUCAUGUCUCAGAAAUUCCAGCAAUUUUAUUGGCUUUGUCAGCAAAAUCUGGACCCGAGUGCCAUGCCGAGACCAACUUCCCAGGACCUAGCAGGAUUCUGGGACUUAUUGCAGCUCUCAAUUGAAGAUGUCAGCAUGAAGUUCGAUGAACUGCACCAGUUGAAACUCAAUGAAUGGAAAAUAAUAGAAUCACCUGAAAGGAAGGAAGAAAGAAAGGUUCCUCCUCCUGUACCAAAGAAGCCCCCAAAAGGAAAAUUCCCUAUCACAAGAGAAAAAUCUCUGGACCUACCCGACAGACAGCGACAAGAAGCUAGAAGACGGCUAAUGGCUGCUAAGAGAGCAGCCUCUUUCCGGCAGAAUUCAGCCACAGAGCGUGCAGACAGCAUUGAGAUCUAUAUCCCAGAGGCUCAAACCCGGCUUUAAAGACAGAAUGCUGCAGAGUUUCUUUUUUAAACAAAAUGCUUGUACAGUUUGUCACUUACCUGGUAAUUUUUGUCUCAUUCUCUCCACUAAAUAUGCCCUUGCUGUUGUGUUCUUUGUGCCAUAAGCACAGUGGAAUGCUUUUGAUUUCCUCAGAAUUUGCUGAGCUCAUUGCAAGAACAACUUCUUUUGUAUUUAUUGUCUGACUUACAAUCAGCUACAAUGGAUAGGGCUUGUUGAGACCUGACUUAUCCAAUAUAUUCUCAGAGGACAACAAGAAACACCUCUUGAGAUGGAACCCAGCUUACUUUUUUGUUAUUUAUAUUUUUAUAAAAUGUGUGAUAAUUAGGGAUAAGAAUAACAAACUAUAAAUGGGUGCAUCUCACCAUUCACUAGAGGCAUUAGCUAAUCCAAGUAGAAGGUGCUACAAAUGUAAAGAGCAGGAAAGAAAGAACCCAUUUAUCUCUCUGACCUCCAGUUUCUUUUCCUUGAACCCAGCUAAAAUAUUUGCCCAUGUGCUCUGCCACUCUACUCAUCUUUGUUACUGCAAAAUAACAUUCGGCCUCUCAUGUCAUGUCAAGUUUCUGGAGAUGAACAGGGAUAUCCAGCCACUAAAACUCCAAAGGUCAUCAGAAACCAAGAAGCAUGCAAGUCUGGUGAUGUUGGGAAUGCCCGGUGAGAAACGUUUGCUGCUAGCAGUAUAAUGACAUUCUGAAACCUAAGCAAAAUUAUAAUGCAAGAGGACUUGAGUGAUGGGUGAAAGGAAAAUGGAAGCCUUAAAAAGUUAGAUCUUCUGUAGCAAGAUGUGUAAAGAAAAGUUAUACUUACUCCUUUGGAACACUCAUUGCAUUUUUAAUGGUUCUUUUAUGUGUUAACAUUUAUUUUAUAAACCUUCUCUCUUUUAUUUCAAGAGCUACAGUACAUGUAAUAUUUCAAACUCUUCAAAAUGUUAUAUCAAUUGAGUUUCCAGGGUAUCCUUGAGAAAAAAAUCUUGCUUGUUUAAAAUGCCAGUUGUGAUGUUGUAACCAGUUUAAGAAAUAUGAAUGUGAGUGGUAAGUAUAUCUAAGUUUAAAUGGUUAUGUUAAGGUAAAGGUGAACUGUGGUUUACAGUUGUAUUUUUUUUAGAACUAUUUUUCUAUGCAGUAUCAGUUAUAGCAAGAAUAAGCUUCUUGCUUGCUUCAGACAUAAAAAACAUGACUCAAGAGAUAAGUGAUUUCCAGACAUGGAAUAUAAGGAAAAUAAUGUAUUUCUAAGCCUCUCAUUAUCAGAAGAGAAAAGUGGUAAUUACCACAGUCAAGAGGCUUUAAUUUAAAAUAAAUUAAGAUAGAAUUAUUCCACUUCACCUACCUUCCAGAGGCAACUGAGCAUCCCUGCACUUAGAAGUCUUCAGGUGAAGACGCAAUAAGAUAAGUAACUCACAGACCCCAAUUCCAAGGUUCUGAAUACUCCUUUAGGUCAAAACCAUGUCAACACAGGGAGACAGACAGUCCCAACUGAUGCAUCUCCUGUUUACCUGCUUUAACAAAUGCAAUGUACUUAGCCAUAGGCAGAACAGCUAUUUAAUUAUACUCUAGCACUUUGGUUCUUCACCUGACGAGCACUUUAAAUGUGUCCCAUGCACCCUGCAGCCUGACAGAUGAGUGAAAAUGUGAAGUAUCAUAGGUUAUGCAGAUCUGACAUUGCUUUGAAUCUGAGGGGUUUUUUUUUCUUUUUCCUUCUCUUUUUUCUACAGUGUGUAGUGUUAAGCAUGAGUUCUGUCUUUGGAGCAUAGCUGACAAAGCAUGUUUAGCUUCAAGAUAUGAAUCUUUAGAGAUGAAGUUUUGAGAAGUUUCUGUGAGGAGAAAACCCUGUAAAUUGAGCCUGAUAUCUGGUAUAUAUUUUACCAAAUAGCCUUAAACUAUAUUUGGAAGCAAAAACCAAGACGAAUGUAUAUCCUUCAAAAAUGCAAAAAAAAAGAGAAAAAAAAAUCCCUGAAAUAUUCUUCUAUAAAUGAAAACAUUAUAUUUCCCAUCCCUGGUGUUUUCAAGGCAUUUCCUAUUAAGGAAAGAGCUGAAUCCUGGGUAGUGUACAAUAUUGAUGCUACUUCCUAUAUUUGUUGUACUAUUUUAAAUACAAAUGUAUUUGCAGACAUUGGCGUCUUUAGUCUUGAAAAGUGAUAUCUUAUUUAAAGUGGAGCUGCUUAUUAGAAAUAUCCACAUAAAACUAAAGCCAGUGUCUUUCCUCGAUUUUGGAAGUUUAAAAUAGACACAUAGACACAUAGACACAUAGACACAUAGACACACACACACACACACACACGCACACGCGCGCGCACACACACACACACACGCACACGCGCGCGCACACACACACACACACACACACACACACACACACACACACCCCUACAUAUUUAUUUAUUUAUUUAUUUAUUUAUUUAUGGCAGCUGAUGCGUUUUAUUUAAUUUCCCUGUAUACUUCUAGGAGAAAUCACACUUGACUCACUUGCUUGAAAACCCCCACCUGCCGUGACAGGUCAUGUGGUUAAGACAAGCUGUAUUUGAUCCUGCCAGUAUUCAGACUUUGUAAAGACAAAUUGUAAAGAGAAACAGAUUACAGCCGAUAAGCUUAGAUCCCAGUUUAUGUAACGCUGACUUGGAGCAGUCCGCAAAAAUCUUUAAUUUUAGCAUUAUAUUUUGAUAGAUUUUUGAUAUUUUACAAUUCUUUGGAUGUUCUCAGGCUAAAGUAGGCCUGCAUGAAUGACACCAACUCUUUAUUUUACAUUUCCCAUGCCAUAAUUCGAAAAUGGUCAGUAUAAGUUUUUGGAUAGCUAUGAUUCCUGCUUGUUCCACCUUUACUCCAAAAAAAGAAGAAUCAAAAGUAAACUAGAUGCCUAAUGAAAAAUCUGGUAAUAUGUUAUCUGUGCAUGUUACAUUUUGAAGUGCAAUAUAUUAUUAAAUUCUUGUACAGGUAACAUUCUAUCGUUAAAGGCAAAUAAGUCAUUUCUAUCUACAUAUUGUACAUCCGGCUAGUUUAGAAAAACAACAUUAUGUUUAUCAUACUUGUGUUACAAAUAAAUCAAAGUCAAAUCACUUUAGUUCCUGACAUAAGAAACACAGCACAUGGUAUCUUAAUAAACACAUGAACAGAUCCAUUGUAAUCUGACCCCAUAUCAUAAAAAUAAAAUUCAAUUACAAAACCAAUGCAGGAGGAACAUAAAUAAACAUAAAGAUAGAAAGUGAAAUGCUUUUUAUUUAAAGACUUCAUGCUGUACAUCUACACAGAACAGCUGGAUAUAACAAAAUAUUCUCCUAUUUAAUCGAAUACUAAUUGGACUAAAAUUUAUUUUAAAGGAUGAAAAUUCAAGAAAGCUUCUGUUCAUUUCCUCAUUGCCUGUAAAACACAAGUAUAGUAAACAGAAUUAUGAAAAUUUCAAUAAAGAAAAAAACCUGACUGGUAACAUCUUUGAUAUUUGCCAUACUUAUUUUUGCUUUGUAUAUUUUUUUUAGAUUUGAAAUUCAUUGUAAAUUGGUGAAGUAUGUUAUGAAGUGUUUUAUUAUUUCUUGUUGACCUGAUGGGAAUGGCCUUUGGCAGGGUGCAGAGACCAAUAUCGUUGUACAGUUUAAUACCAAAAAAAUUAUGUUUUGGUUCACGCUUAAACCUUGUCGCUUGUUAGAUCUGAGUGAGCUGAGUUAGGACAGAAUUAAAGUGUGCAUAGGAAGGGGUGUGGAUUUCAUAUACACAAAUCAUUUCAUACGAUGCAAAUUAUUUGUUUUAAAAUAAGCCUGUCUCCUGCUGUAUCAGUACAUUACUGCUCUAGUUUUUACUUCCUUAGCACUGCUUAUACUGGAAAGCGAGGGAAUCAUUCGGUGGUCUCGAAAGGGAAAGGAUUUACGACUAAGCGAUCCAGUGCCGCAAGCGACCCGCUGGGGCCCCGCGCGAGCGGUGCUCCUCCGCCGGCUCUUGCCCCCAGCUGGUCCUGUCCCCAUCCCGCCUGGUCCGCGGCGCCCGCCGGAGCCAUGCGUGUCAAGCCGCGGUGGCCAGCCGGCUGCUUCAGCCUCCUCAUGGGCGCCGCGGCGCUGGCGCUGGUGGCAGGGAUGCGCCGGAGCCUGACCCAUCUAGUGCCAGUCCCUGCAGGCUGAUUUGGGGCUGAAUUUGGUCCGUUAGUGCCAGCUGCCAGGUGGCGCAUGCCGAAAAGCUAUGAAACCUUGUGAAGCUGGCGCCCAAGUAUCACACUGAGAGCUUCGGUGCGAGGCGGUGGCACCCUGCACUGCUCCCAGGGCAGGUUACGGUGGAGUGGCAUCACUGGCAAACUGCGGCGCAGGCGAGGAGUAUCAGCAGUGCUGCAACACCCGGCGAGUGCUUCCCGGUGUACGGCAGGUCAACACUUACAUUCAUAUAGUGCCUUUCAUCCAGAAGGAUCUCAAAGCACUUUAUUAGCUGGCAGGCAAACCCGAGGCCAGGCUCCGGCUGGCGUGGGGAAGCGCUCACCCCGCGGCAGCCCAUGCACCGGCAACGCUUAGUGUUGCCCCUCCGGAAUUUAGACAACUAAAGAAAAGUGUCAGAUUGCGUUUCCAGAAUACACUUUGCCCCUGUGUGUCCACGAGGAUGGCAAGGGUGGCUAUGGUGAAGGAGCAUCACUGGGAGGGCAGCGCGGGGAGAGGCAGGAGAGCUCUUGCCGGGGCCGGGCAUGGAGGCUCCGGAUGCCUGGAGCCAGAGCCUUCUCCAUCGGAGACCUCGGCAAGUCUCCCCCUCACCAGGAUACCCCUUGCUUCUCCAGCAUGUGCUGCAAAAGCGGCCUCCCCGGGGCACCUACCUGCCCAGUGCCCUCUCCUCGCCCCUUCAUGGGCUGCAGGCGAGCUAAGACGGGUGGCAAAGCGGAGCGCAGCACUUGGGCUGAAGGUUCAUGCCGUGGUUUGGGCAAUUGCUCUUUACUGAGAUGCAGCGCUAACCCUAAGGGUUCUUGUAUGAAAGAGCAAGGGGAAACCUCUCUCGGUGCUGUCGAGAGGGGCAGAUUAGAGGCAGCCGUUUUGUACUGUAGAUGAUAGAAGGAAGACAUAUGCAUAUAUAUACAUAUUUUUCAGUGUAAUGGUUCCCGGACAGUUGGAUCCAGGAACCACAGCCAACCCUCAUGCGUUCGUGUAGACCGUGCCACUUUCCCGCAGCAUAGCCACAGCACCAGCGAGUUUGUCAGGUGAACUGCUGAAGGCAGUGCCAUGGCCCAGCUGCCACUAUUCGUGUUCACCUCCAGGGACAAUGUUUUGGGAACAGCUGUUUUGUGGCAUACUUGUAUGCACACAUAGACUCCAAGAAAGAAUUAAGCCCUCUGUAUACCCAAAAAUUGUUCAACUUAUCUCUGAAAUGCAGUCACCUCGAUGGUGUAAUGCUGCAGCUGUUUAACUGCAUAAUAGGCUGUUCAGGACAGCAAGUAUAAAACUGAAAUUGAAAUGGAAACUUGCCCAAAGAGAAUUUAGCCAGAAUAUUUAGGCUGAUUCAGCUCCUCUUAACGAAAUAAAAUUCUAAUGGCUGCAAGAGGCCAUGCACUCAUUAUAUCUAAAAAGCAUCUUCCAGAACCCUUCUUAUUAACCAUGUAUUGCAUUUCAUAAAUAAUGAUCGUAGGGAAAGACUGCAUGUUCACAGUUCCACCUUCCCACAUAAGCGUGUUUCUCCCAUUACUGUUCAUUGCUAAAACAGAAUUGGGCUUUUGCAGUCAGACUCCUAGGUAAUGUAGAUCAGUAUGUCUACACAGAAGUUAACUGAGCAAACAGUUUUCAUCAGCUGGCGAUUUAGGGCUCUCUUUCAUUAGGGCCAAGUAGCUAUUUUUUUAAGUUGAUUUUGUUGAGAGGAUUCUUUACUUCUUUAAUAAAAAACACCAAUAUUUUCACUAAGCAUGAAAUGAAUGGGAGGUUUAUUUGAAGACAUGGUUAUUAUCACCAAUACAGCCAGUUAGUGAGAAUUCUUCAUCUCCUUCCCUUAUUCUUCUUUCAUUCAACACAUCAGCAUUCCCAUUCUUAAAGCUGAACUGUCAUAAAAAAUUCACGUUUGUGAGAUGAAUUAUUGUAGAGCUUUGGGCUAAGUUCUGAUCUCAGUUAUAUUAAAUCAACCCCGAGAAACUUCACUGAAGUCAGAGCAAAAUGUCAGAUGUGGACCAAUAUAAUUCAGAUCAAUGUCUGACUCAGCAAGUCCCAUUGAGGUAGAAAGGACUUAUUGUGAGAAUUAGCUGGUGCAUAAUUGUUUUGUAGGGUAUAUUGCUUCCUUUCAAGUAGGUCACAGUUGAACAGAGUUUUCUUUGGUAGGUUCAUGUCUCUGACUACAGUCUUCACAAAGAAUUAUUAGCUUUACUUAUAAUUACCUGUGGAAUUCACAUGCUCAUAUCCAUGCUUUGAUUUACAUUUUGGAGGUUUAAUAGUAUGGCCAUCUCAUUUUAAAAGGGCUCGGCAUGUAUGUAUUCUUUAGUCCACUUAAUUUUCUGAAUAAACAGAUUUUCCCUUUCAAGUAGUCUGACUUAUACUGCUCUAGAACUGUUCUUUCCUGAAGAAAAGCCACUAUGACUGUGCAGGAUUUUCUGUGCAGAGACAAAACUCAUACUUUCAUUUACCAUGUGACAUGCCAAAAUAUUCAAGUGUGGCCUAAGGACUAAAUUAAAUGCCUCCUGUAGAAUUUCAAGGAAUGUUAGAACCAGGAAAUUAGCUGUGUAGUUAUCAUUAAAAGUAUAUAUAAAUAUAUAUAAAUAUAUAUAUACAUAAGAAAUCAUAUCAACAAUGAGGAUGAACUGAGUGCCAAAUAUUCACCAUCUGUACAAAGCUACACUUCACUAGAAUUAAACUAUUUUAUGUAAUUCUCUUUCUCAUGCUUUUAUGGUUCUUUUGAUAAAUUCUAUUUAGUAGCAUGCAGGAUACCUGAAUUGAAUGUACAGUAUGUUGUUUCAUUGCUACAAUAAUUUCUCGCUUCUCAGUAAUAUCUUCUUUACCAGAAUGUUAUUCGUUACUUUGAAGACAUAUUUGAGAAUUGUUUUAUUCUUGAGUUAUUCUUUUUUCAUGGUUCUCUGCUCACCUCCAGCUGAUUGUAAGGAAAUGUGCUUCACUAUUUUGCCCCAUGGCUCUUUUAUGAAGCUGCCUCUUUCAAUUGGUUUAUGUAUUGUUUAUGUUCAUCUCCUGUAAAUAACUCUGCAAUUAAAUUUUUUGAGAAAAAUAGAGUAUACUCUUUAUUACAUUUUAAAUUUUGCAUUAGUUAAAAUAUGCCCUUUCCAAUCAGACAAUUUGUAGACCACGGUAAAUUAUUACUUUAGACAUGUAACCUUUUGAGUAUCUGUAAAUGCAUUAUCAAUAAAAUAUUUUUGAUUGGGUUUUAUCUGAA